AUGCAAAGAAAUGUAACAACUACAACUAGUGCUGGGGCCACAGCAGCAGCUCAACCAGCCUGCGCAGCUUGCAAGCAUCAGAGGAAAAAAUGCCACGAAGGCUGCAUAUUGGCGCCUUAUUUCCCGGCCGAAAGGAGCCGAGAAUUCCAAGCCGUGCACAAAGUUUUUGGUGUAAGCAAUGUGACAAAGAUGGUCAAAAACGUAGUCGCCGACGAGGAUCGGCGAAAAGCUGUGGAUUCUUUGGUGUGGGAAGCUUGUUGUAGGCAAAAGGACCCGGUUUUGGGGCCUUAUGCUGAGUACAGAAAGGUCUAUGAUGAACUUAAGAUAUACAAAAGCCAUGAAAUAAACCAAAGAACAACUGCCUCAGCUUAUAAGUCUUUAUCUGGUUUGGUAGGUUGGAAUAGUACUAGUAGUGGUGUUAGUACUAAUGGGAACAAUAACAUUAAUGGUCAAAAUGGAAUGGUUAAUGGUAUUGUUAAUAGUAGUAACUCUUUGAGUUAUAAUUUUCAUGACAAUGGGAAUGUUAUUGUGGAUCAAAGCCCAUUUAGUUGUUACUCCUCCUCAAAUUAUGGUCAAAGUAAUCCAGAGAAAAUAAGGCAGAUGGAGAAGAAUGCUAGUACUACUACUGCUGCUACUGUUGACUCUGUUGUUCCAGUAGUACUACAGCAACACCAGCAACAAUACUCCAUCGGUGGUUUUAAUCAACAGUACUAUCUCUCCGGACAAUUCAAUCAAGUGAAUACCAAGACAAUUGAAAGCACAAUAUGGGAAGGUGGAUCUUGA